AUGACGGAGUACGAGGAUCGCAGCUGUGCGUCAAAUAUGUAUCUACCGAGCUGUACUUAUUACGUUUCGACGCCCGAUUUUACAUCAGUCUCCUCCUUUUUACCGCAGACUACUUCGUGUCAGAUAAAUUUCCCCUAUUCUCCAAACAUAGCGCCGGUCCAGCCUGUCCGAGAGGUCGCGUUCAGGGAUUAUGGACUGGACCAUCCAAGCAAAUGGCACUACAGGGGCAAUUACGCGUCCUACUACUCAGCGGACGAGAUAAUGCACCGGGACUUGAUCCAGUCCUCCACCAGCAGCAGUGGUAGCAGGGCGGACGUGAUUUUCAAAAACGAGUCCUUGUACGGCCACCACGGAGGCGCGAGCUCGCCGUGUAGCUUUUUCCCGGGGGUCGGUCGGAACGGGGUUCUCCCCCAAGCCUUCGACCAGUUUUUGGACACUCCUAACUCCUCAGAGAAGCCCAGCGCGGAGCCCCCCAAACAAAAGACAGACUCUGCUGCGAAUAACAAUCAGGCUGAGACCAAACUGGAGCAAAACAAAGCGGACCCGAGCGCGGACGAGGACUGCUCAUCCUCCAACUGUGGGGACAAAAACAACCAACAGUGUAAGUGUUUCUCCUCUUUGUCUUGUUUUUAAGGUGUGCAGAGGAGACAAUAGAGAGAGUCCUCUUUAUACUGUGUCCAGUAUCGUGGCAGUGCAGGGUUAUGUGCCUCUUUAUAAGCAUGCAAAAGCUUUUAUAUCCCUAUAAGAUCUGCUUUACGCUUGUAAAGGCAUUUACUAUGGGAAACUGUUAUGUUUAAAGAUUGCCUUGUGUCUAAUAACUAUGCUGUGGUGCUGGAAUUGAUUCGUAUUGAUAGGGAAUAAGAGAGGUCAGGAAAGCCUUUUAUUAAUGAGUUUUUAACGCUUUAUAGCUAGUGUUAUAAGUUUUGUAGAAAAUGGCAAUAAACGAUAUAGCCAAAAAUUUCCAAAUUUUGCAUAAAAAUCUGUGCAAUGUGGUUUAAUUUUACUGCAGAUUGUUCGCUUGUUGUCUUCUUAUUCUGUGUGUUUGCGUUUCUGUAGGCCUGUCUGUCAGAGAAGGGCCUUUGUGCACAAACAAAUGCAUCACUCAAUCUAUCUGUAGACAUUUACAAAACCUAAAAAAAACAAAUAUUUUAACCUCAUGUUUUGUUUUUAAAGAAUAAAAUGUCCUAAUUUGUGUUUCUUUGUGCAGGUUCAUCCACCAAGUCCAGGAAGAAGAGGUGUCCUUACUCCAAAUUCCAGAUCCGAGAACUUGAACGAGAGUUUUUCUUCAACGUUUACAUUAACAAAGAGAAGCGUCUGCAGCUGUCCCGGAUGUUAAACCUGUCCGAUCGGCAGGUGAAGAUUUGGUUUCAGAACAGAAGAAUGAAAGAGAAAAAGCUCAACCGCGACCGUCUACAGUAUUUCACAGGGAAUCCUUUAUUCUGAUACCACACACACACACACACACACACACACACACACACACGGUAGAAAAAGGAGUUGCCCUCACACACACACACAUACACACACACAUCCUAAAGACUUAAACCCUGUGUAUAUCUGAAUCUUGAUCUUCAUGUUUAAAAUGUAUUUACAAAGAUUUAAUCUUUGGGAAACCACAAUUUUUGGAAGAAAUUCCUGCAUUUAUUUAUUUGUCUUCACCUUUUGCGCCAUAUUUGCAGAAAAUGUUCCAGUCAAGCGCGCGCGCUGUGCUUUGAAAUCCUUUAUAUAAGGUCUAUAUAGGCUUCCUUCUUGUGUAAUAAUGUCAAUUUUACGAGACGCAUGUAGCGAAUGCACGCUGUGCUGUGAUAUUAAAAUAGUCCCAACAAAUGUUGUAUUAUAGUCACGAAACUUGUCACAUGAACUUAACCAAGUCCUGCAGAAAUAACUCCAGAAAAAAGGGGGAUUUUCACCUCCUAGAGCUUUAUGAAAGGAGAAAUUUGACGCUCGCAGGCCUGUAUGUCCCCCUAAUUUCCUUUGCUUUCAAACACUGGGCUGUUUACUAAACCUUGAACCGUCUAGACAGUACAAUAAACCUAGCUGUAAAUGUCUAAAUAGGGGGCUAUUGGACUUUGCUGUCCCAACCCCCAGACCACAAGAGGACUGGUUUUCCUUCCUGCCUCGGACUAGUUUAGCGCCAGGCAACAAUUUUUUGGACAAUUUAAGAGUUUUUUUUUCCUGCUGCUUUGGUUUUGAUUUAGCUCCAUUUUGGCUUCUUGCAGCACUGUGUUCGCACUGUAAACUGGGAGAUAAUGAAGGAUAUUCAAACGUGGAGCGCCAUGUGAGGAAAAAAAUAGGUAAUUUCCAACGUCAGUCUGUUGUUCUUGUAUUCUCAGUUGGCUUUGUAUAGUUUCUGUGCAUCAGAUUCUGCUUGAAAAUCAGAGACUUGUCGUUGUUACCAAAAUAAAAGCACGUUUCCAUCUUUAAUUGAUGCAGGUGAAACGUGCCUGUCUUUGUUCUGCUCUGCUAACCUGUGUGUAGGUUGAAUAAUUUAUCUGUAAGCCAGGCUCUGUCUUGGUAAUCUUGAUCUCUGUGCUACUUUUGUCUCCAUUAAAAGGACAGAGUAAAUAAAUGCAUUGAUCCCUCACAAACAGCCGUUUUAUUGAUCAAUCCUGUGGGUAGAAUUUGCGCGUAAACUCGGCGCACCAAUAACUACUCUCCUUGUUUGAGCUUCUUUAUGAAAGAAGGGGAAAAAAAGAGUUUGAGGUUUAUUUUUCCUUAAUUUGAAAUGUGUCACAUGUACAGUUAUUUCCCAAAAAGGCAGUCCGAUAACUGAGGCUUCAUUAAGCGUUUAAUUGGUUUGCCAUCAUGUCCUGCAGUGAGAGGACAUUACCCACUGUGUGGAGAUACUCGCUGUAUCCACAUGAGGGCACACUUGCUGCUUCCACUGUGAGGAGGAAUUCUCACUUCAGCCAAAUUGAACAGCAUUUAAAUCAGUCAACCCUAGGACUUAUCUGUUCAGCGUGGGGUGCAUUCAUAUUAGUAUUUUGAUCCCAAUGGCACCCCGUAGAACAAACAAUGCUGCGUUUCCAGCAGAGACUUGAUUCCAGGAGUAUCCAGGGUUGCUUUAUAUCCAAACGCAACAAUUGAGCAGGGAGUAGCUUCUUGGUAGUACACAUGCACAAGAAAAAUACCUAUAGACAUUUUCUGCUCACUUCGUGUCUUAUUAAAAUGCUGCCAGUCCUGCAUUCCUCCUUAUUAUAUGACAGUCGUGUGUGUGUUUUUCAAAGGAAAACACUCUAUUCUUCUUCGAUCCACCCGAAUCUUUACGAACAGACGUUGAUAUUUACACGAAGGCCACGCAGGCUUAA